UUAUUUAUUUAUUUAUUUAUUUAUUUAUUUAUUUAUUAUUGCUGUGCGACUAAAAAAGACCAUGUCGACCCAAGCCACAGAAAUUCACAUCCGACAACAAACAAAGUUGGUGUUAGAUCAUCUAGAAAAAGGCGAACUCGAGAAAGCUCAGCAGAUUAUUCUAAAAAAUAAAGAAAUUCUUCGGUACAACUUUGGUUUAAUAAAUUUUCUACCGCUGAUUCCAAGGAUAAGAUUCUCCAGAAGAAUUCCCAAAAACAACGAGGCUCUUAAAAUGGUUAUGGACAGUGGUUUUCUGCUAUUUAUGGAAGAAGAUAAUGUGAACGAGUUGUUAUUUUUUGCUGCUGCGAAGUGUGAUACAGACAAACUGAAGUAUUGCAUUAACAAUAUUCUUCAACAAAACCCUGAAGGGAUUAAUCAAGUACGUGAAGGAGAUACUUCCCUUAUGUUUUUAAUUAAAUAUGGUGACAUUACUGACGAAAAAUAUCCGGAAUGCAUGAAAAUAUUGGUAGAUGCUGGAGUAGACGUCAACAGAAAUGAUUAUUUUUCUCAUAAUCCCAUUUCUUUCCUCGUCACUUCAUACAGCAGGCAUGUUAAUAGAGUUGUAAAAGAUGACCUCGCAAUAAGAAAUUUAAAAAUGUGCAUCGAAAUACUUCUUGAAACAAGAACAAUUGACAUCGCGUCAUUAAAACUGAAAAACUCCGAUUUAAGUGUAAAGGACUUGUUAAGAAUACUUCAAUUUAAUGAUGUGGAAUACUAUAAAGAAAAAUCUCCGGUUGAGAACGACAAAGUUAAGUUAUUUAAGUUCUUAAUAAAUAACGAUGAGAAAUCUUUCAUGAAGUCCAAAGAACUGUUAAAACUUUUGGAUGCCGACGACGGAAAUAACACAUUUUUACAAUUGUGUUGUGAAAAAAACUUGAAAGAAGCAGCUAAGUUCUUAAUCCAGAAGGGAGUGGAUGUAUGCAAGACCACAGAAAGGAAUCCCAAGACUCCUCUAGAAUUAGCAGCAAGAAGAAAUAAUCCAGAAAUUUUCGAAGCUAUUCUGAAUACGAACAAGAUUGUUAUUGAUGAACCACUUUUUCUAAUAUUUUUGCGUGGUCGCCCUAAACACAUAAAAGGAAAAUAUUUUGAUGAAAUUCUGAAGUAUAAAAAUUUGGAUGUGAAUUUAAAGUCCAACAAUGGAAAUACACCUUUGCACUAUGCUAUUAUCUUGUCAAGUACUGAGGCAAUUCAAGUUCUUCUUCAAAGAGGUGCGUCACUAAUUGUUGAAAACAAUUCCAAAAAGUGCCCCUUAGACUACAUAUCUUCUGAAGAUUUAGAAAAUUACUUCAACAAAUGUAUACUGCCAGAUGGUUAUAACCAUAUCAAUAACGGAAAGUAUGAGGUGGCGCUAAAUUAUCGGAACUUAAUAGAUAUGAGUGACACGUGGGUAAGUUCAGAACUUACGAUAGUUGAUAAAAUAUGUAAUUCGCCCAAGCUGUAUGAUUUGUUAAAUCAUCCGCUCAUAUCAUCAUUUAUCAAUAUCAAAUGGAAACUCGCAGAACCUACUUACAAAUAUCUGUUUAUUUUUCACGUAAUCUUUUAUAUAAUUAGCAUUUUGUCUUUCAUUAAUCUAAAUUUGCUGAAUUAUUUAGCUCUACCUUUAGCUUUUAUCUACGGUGCUAGAAUUUGGUUAACUUUCAGUUUGAAUAACAAAUUUUAUGAAAUUGUAAAUAUCUUCGUUGCGACGUUGAUAUUUGUAUCAUUUUUUUUUACAAGUAACAUCCUUAAAUAUCAUUUAGGUUUAAUAGCAACGAUAUUUAUGACGGUCUCUUUUCAGUUAUUCUGGCAAUUCAAUCCAAACUUUCCACAGGUUCAUGCCAUAUUAAUUAACAUUGUCACUCAUCUUGUGACGUAUUUGUUCUAUAUUUUAACUUUAAUAGUAUUUUUUGGUGCUACUUUUCAUAUAUUUUACUUAAUAUGGGAAGAAGAUCAUAUCAAUUACUCAAACAACUUUUUAACUGAUAUAAAAGAAAUGACUCCACUUUUCUAUUUGCUUUUCGUUUUUGGAGUGUUUGUGGGAGUAAUGUUUGUAAUGACAAUUAUUAAUUCAGUAGCAUAUCUACAACAAAAUUCGGAAAACUUAAAAAAGAAUUUUCAAAUUGUGGGCUGCAAAAAUACUUUAAUUUUCUUGAAAACUGUUGAAAUAUUGUACAAAACUAAGGGUAUUGUUAAAAAUUCGCUCAUUUUCGAUGAAAAGAUUCCUAAGGAACAGGAUGAAAAUAUCAAUCUUUCAGACGUAAGUAAAGGGAAGCAAAAGAAAACAAAGAAAAUUAAAAAUAGAUUCUUAGUUAAUUUUUUCAUUAAUAUGAAUAAGUUUUCUUCGGAAAAACUUCUUUCCAUAAAUCUUACAGAUGUUAAUGUAUCGAGAAUAAAAAAAGUUCUGAAUCGUUAAUUUCGGUACCCCACUUUCUAUAUCUCUGUAACAUCGCAAGUGCCUAGAUAACAGUAUUUUUAUAAAUUGUAUUUAUUUAAAUAAUUUGUUUCAAGCGUUUAUAGUUUAACAUAAAUUUGUUUUCUUUGUCUAAAAUCUUAUAUUGUAAAUAAUACUGUAACUCUUAACAUGACAAUGUGUGUACUCGAAUUCUGUGAUUGUAUAAAUGUACACUAUAUACAUUUCAAAGCUGAAAAAAAUGUAUAUGUGCGUAAUAAAAUUUGAAAAGUUGA